UGGAGAAGUUUAUAAUUGGACACGUGUCCCCCCCACCCUCUCCACCCAUCCACCCCCGUCUUUUGUCAUUUGGAGAUCAACUGAUUUCUUUGUAAUGCGUUUUUAAAGCAAAGAACGAUCCACGAGGAGGGGUAAAGUGUUCUUAAGAGCUCCCUUUCAGCCUUUAGAAUUAGCCGGAGCGACCCGCAGAGAAUCAUAGAGGCCCUGGAAGUAUUUAAUCCAGGAGACGUGUCUGCGAUGCUGCCACACACAGCAGGAGAGACUGGGGCGCGUGCAGGUCAGCUCAUUCAAACCCGUGCGCUCUGCUGUCUCACUCCACUCUGACCAUCAGCCCUGCACAUCUUACUUCGUUUUCCCUUUAGUUUUUAUUUAGUUUUUAAAUAUGGAGGACAUUCUCUUUGACUUCGACCACGAUGGAACCACGGAUGUUGCGUUUUGGGGACAGAUGGACCAGAACUUCCAGUUCCAGACCCAGCUGGACACCUUCCUGCUGGACUGCACGGCAGCCACAGGCCAGAUGUCCCCCUGGUCCUCUUUCGGCGGCCCCCCCAUGUUCCCGGACUCCCAGCUGACCUUCACCGACCUCGAAGUGCAGUCCCCGGGGGAGGACGCCAGCGCCGAGGGGGAGAGCUCCUGCGCCGACGAGCCCCUGGAGAUGAGCGAGCUCAGGGGACAUCGGAUGCUGUCCCAUCCGCCCUACAAGGUGCAGCGGCACGCCGCCAACAUCCGGGAGAGGAAGAGGAUGCUCAGCAUCAAUUCAGCCUUUGAGGAGCUGCGCUGCCACGUGCCGACGUUUCCCUACGAGAAGCGGCUUUCGAAGAUAGACACGCUGAGACUGGCCAUCGCCUACAUCGCCCUGCUGAGAGAGAUCCUCAUGUCGGGCUGCGACCCCAAGUCCUACGUGGACGAGUGCAUGAAGAAUGGCUACAAGAACCACACGAACGCCAUCUGGAACACGAGUGACCUGACAGCCCGCCUCUCUUGGAUAAAGUGGGAUUAAGUGAAGAACAUGGGGCGCCCCGUGUGUGGAGAUGUCGGCGUGGAGGUGGUUUUGGAUUUGUUCCUCCCUCUUCUCCCUCUACACGUCAAAGACAGGCGGCCCCGGCACGACAGAGCCCGUCGGGCGACAUCUGCAGACUUCUCACCGGGUCGCACACCUCGGGCUUUAUCAAACCCCGUCUCCUCCCUCGUCCUCUGCGCCUUUUAAUAUUCUAAUUCACUGUUGACUGGUAAUUGAGAGCCAUUGUUUCUGGGGCUGGGGAGGGAGAGAGAGGCCUGGCAUUGUUUGCCCAAAUGGAUGGCACUUGUGACACAGAGAGAGAGAGAGAGAGAGAGAGAGAGAGAGAGAGAGAGAGGGGCACACUGGCAUGAGACUGAAUGGACGUCCCACUAGGGCUCAUACUUCUGCAUGCGGCCCUGAAGUGUUUUGUAGAGUCGAUGUGUUAAAAAGAGCCUUUUCCAUGUAAAUGAGACGACGGGCGUGAGAAGCAGAUUGGUGCAGUGGCUCCUGCCUGUCAGGUGCUGCUUCCAGAGACGGCAGGAAGGUUAAUUGUGUACUGUUUGUUUUCAUAUGAAACCUCUAUCAUCUGCUUUAUUUAUUUAUGUAUUUAUUUAUGUAUUUAUUUAUUUAUUUACUUGUUUUUAAUUAUUUCUUAUUUAUAAUUUGAUAAAUUAAACUUCUGCUGCUUUUUAGUGCAUCUUACAACAAACUGUGUUAAUUUAUUGUUCUGUUAUUUAAAUGAGAAACAGUGGAUGUGAUUUACUGUUUAUUUGAAGCUCCUCUGAGCCAUGUGACAUGUGUCUGUAAAUCACCACAGUUGAGGGAUUUUAUGUAAUUUAAUCUUAAAUCAAGAGCAUGAAAAACAACCUGCAUCUCUCCCACAGCUGUUUUGUAUCUGUGGUCGUUACCUAUUCACGUCUUUAAUGAGAAACUCAAGCUCCUAUAUGCACAUCGUUGACUAACUUUGCCUGAUUAAUGUUCCUCCGGGAGAUUUGAAUAUAUAUUUACAUUCAUAGCACACAAAUGAAUGAAUGUAGUCGGCACGUCAGGACACUGGGUCCAGCUAGACUGACGUGGGAUCAGCUUUAUCCCUCAAGCUGCUGCUACGACAUGAUGGACAGACGUCGUGCCGACCAUCAAGGUCACUGGUCCCAUGGAAUCCCUGUUCAUUCAACUAUGUUACACAUAUUUAUGUGUGAGCGGACGGAUAACAGGCCAUGAAGACACAUUAUGGACAAAUGUUUCAUGAUGUUCUGAAAUCAGUGUUCAUCAGCAGUGUCAUGUGCUUAAAGUAUCAACAAUA